AUGGCCAGCCGACCAGCUAACAACAUUAUCGGCAGAAGGGGGGUCCUAGGUGAUUUGGGCAACACCCUACACACCCUCAACCACGACCCCACCGCCAAUCUAAAAAGAAACGUUUUGGAACCAUCGAGAAUUGGGGUCCAUCAAAAAGAUGCUGCAAAGAAAACCGUGACUGAUUUGACCAAGAAAAUUGUACCAGCUGCCAGCAAGGAAAACAAUCUGAAAAUUAACAAAGAAAACGCAGCAGCCGUAAAAAUCCCUUGUCGAAAACCCAUCAGACAAGAGAGCUUAGUUUAUCCCAAAAACAAAACUCUUGCCGCAGAGAAACCCAUCAACAAAACCCUCAUUCCAACUUCUACUAGAAACACUUCUCUGGUACAACCGGCGAAAGCCAGUUUGGCUCAGCCCAAAACCAACUUAUUGGCUAUUUACGAUCCAGAUGAAAAAUCAAAAGGCGAUCCCUUAUUGGUCACCGAAUAUGUACAAGAUAUUAUGGCACAUUUGAGGAGCCUGGAAGAUCAAUUUCCAAUUGCAGAGAAAUUUUUGGAACACUCCAAAGUUUCACCCAAGAUGCGCACCAUUGUCGUCAACUGGUUAGUUGACGUGCACAAGAACUUUUCCAUGGGAUUGGAAACUUUGUAUUUGUCUAUUUCAAUUUUAGACAGAUAUUUACAGGUCAACCAGGCUGUAGAUCGUAAUAUACUUCAGCUAGUAGGAACAUCGGCUCUAUUAUUAGCAGGAAAAUAUGAAGAAGUCUACAUUCCAGAUCUCACUGACUUUGUCUACAUCUGCGAUGAUGCUUUUACUAAAAAACAAAUCCUGCAAAUGGAAAUGGAUAUAUGCAAAAAGUUGGGCUUCAGAAUGGGAUGGCCAAUCGCCACCUAUUUUCUAAGACGUUACAGUAAAGUAGCCAAUGCUAGACACGACCAUCACAAUUUGGCCAAAUACAUUUUGGAGGCCGCCCUAUUGGAAUACCAUUUGGCACAUGUUAAGCCUUCUAUUCAAGCGGCGGCAGCCUCUUGCUUGGCCUUGGCCAUAAUAAAUGAGGCCAUGAAUCCGGAAAAACUUUGGACCCCAUCUCUGGUGCAUUAUUCCAAAUAUAAAUAUUCAGAUUUCAAGCAUAUUGUGCACGAAUUCGCUCGCAUGAUUUCCAAAGCUGACACUUGCAAGUAUGACUCUGUGAGACUGAAAUAUUCAACUUCCAAGUUUGGGAAAGUCAGUUUGAGUUGUAAACUUGAGGGACCUUUGAUAAGGAAACUGUCAUCGGCCAAAUGA